GACCCCCAGAUCAGAGCACUCAGACCCUGAGAUUUCUACCCGCCACUCCACCUGCAAGCUUCACCAUGGCCACCCAGAAUGGAAACACUAGUUCUGCACCCAACUUCAAUGCACCCCAAGAUCAUGCCUCCUCCUUCCCCUUCAACUUCAGUUAUAGUGAUUACGACCUCCCUCUGGAUGAGGAUGAGGACAUGACCAAGACUCGAACCUUCUUCGCAGCCAAGAUCAUCAUCGGUGUGGCACUAGCAGGCAUCAUGCUGGUUUGCGGCAUUGGCAACUUUGUCUUUAUUGCUGCUCUCGCCCGCUACAAAAAGCUGCGCAACCUCACCAAUCUGCUCAUUGCUAACCUGGCCAUCUCUGACUUCCUGGUGGCCACUGUCUGCUGCCCCUUCGAGAUGGACUACUAUGUGGUACGCCAGCUCUCCUGGGAGCACGGCCAUGUGCUCUGUGCCUCUGUCAACUACCUGCGUACUGUGUCACUCUACGUCUCCACCAAUGCUCUGCUGGCCAUUGCUAUUGACAGAUAUCUCGCUAUCGUUCACCCCUUGAAACCACGGAUGAAUUAUCUCACGGCUUCCUUCCUGAUCGCUUUGGUCUGGAUGGUGUCCAUUCUUAUCGCCAUCCCAUCUGCCUACUUUGCAACAGAAACGGUCCUCUUUAUUGUUAAAAAACAGGAAAAGAUCUUCUGCGGCCAGAUCUGGCCAGUGGACCAACAGCUCUACUAUAAGUCCUAUUUCCUCUUCAUCUUCGGCAUCGAGUUUGUGGGCCCGGUGGUCACCAUGACCCUGUGCUACGCCAGGAUCUCACGGGAACUCUGGUUCAAGGAAGUUCCUGGUUUCCAGACGGAGCAGAUCCGGAAGCGGCUGCGCUGUCGCCGGAAGACGGUUCUGGUGCUCAUGUGCAUCCUCACGGCCUACGUGCUGUGCUGGGCGCCCUUCUACGGCUUCACCAUCGUGCGCGACUUUUUCCCCACUGUGUUUGUUAAGGAGAAGCACUACCUCACGGCUUUCUACAUAGUGGAGUGCAUCGCCAUGAGCAACAGCAUGAUCAACACCGUGUGCUUUGUGAUCGUCAAGAACAACACCAUGAAGUACUUCAAGAAGAUGAUGGAGCUCCACUGGCGUCCUUCCCACCAGGGCAGCAAGUCCAGUGCAGAACUCGUCCUCAGAAACAGCGGCAUGCCGGCCACAGAAGAGGUGGACUGUAUCAGGCUGAAGUGA